AUGGGUGUGUUCACAUAUGAAACCGAGAUCAACUCUGUCAUCCCCCCUGCUAGGUUGUUCAAUGCCUUCGUUCUUGAUGCUGACAACCUCGUCCCAAAAAUUGCACCACAGGCAGUUAAGAGCACUGAGAUCCUUGAAGGAGAUGGAGGCGUUGGAACCAUCAAGAAAAUUAACUUUGGUGAAGGUAGCACUUACAGCUAUGUGAAGCACAGAAUUGAUGGGAUUGACAAAGAGAACUUCGUGUACAAGUACAGUGUGAUCGAAGGAGAUGCAAUCUCUGAGACAAUUGAGAAGAUCUCCUAUGAGACUAAGUUGGUGGCAUCUGGCAGUGGUUCUGUCGUCAAGAGCACCAGCCACUACCACACAAAGGGUGAUUUUGAGAUCAAGGAAGAGCAUGUUAAGGCUGGCAAAGAGAAGGCCUCCCACCUCUUCAAGCUCAUUGAGAACUACCUCUUGGAACACCAUGAUGCCUACAACUAA